GGUCGAGAUCUGUGGGAAGCAGAAUGUAUGACAUGUAAAGCUGGCACUUAUGUGUCAGUUGCUAAUAAAGGUGCAAGUGAUUUAGAAGCACACAUUAGCUCUGUGAAGCAUAAAGGGUCAGCAUAAGGUGAAAGUUCAUCAGGAAUGGCAUCUCCCACCAGGAUGUUAGCAGAAGAGCAGGUGCACUGCUCCAUCUGUCUGGAUGUGUUUACUAACCCUGUCUCUAUCCCUUGCGGACACAACUUUUGCAUGGCCUGCAUCGGCAGCUACUGGAAGUCCAGCUCCCUCUUCAUGUGCCCCAUGUGCAAAAAGACCUUCUUCAAGCAGCCUGAUAUCAGCAUCAACACAGUUCUGAGGGAGAUCGCUGAGAAGUUCAAGGAGAUUAAAGCCAAUCCCAUCAAGAACCUUAAGAAGACAAUACAAAUGGACCGAGGACAGAGCCUAGAAGAACUCCCCACAGAAAUUCCAGAACUGAUUCCUCCUAGCAGCCUGUGGGCUCAGGAAGUGUCCUGUGAUGUGUGCACUGGCAAUCGCCAACAGGCUGUGAAGUCGUGCUUGGUUUGCUUGACCUCUUACUGUGAGGAACACCUGAAGACCCACAGUGCCCGCUUCACCAAACACAAACUUAUCGAGCCAGUGCAGAACCUGGAGGACCGUAUGUGUAAGAAGCAUGAGAGGCUGCUGGAACUGUUCUGUAAGAAGGAUCAGACUAUUGUGUGUGUGCUGUGUACAGAGAUGGAUCACAGAGCACAUUACACUGUACCCGUUGAACGAGAGUGGACUGAGAAAAAGGCUUUGCUGAGGAAAACUGAAGCUGAAGUUCAUCAGAUGAUCCAGUUGCGAUUGCAGAAAGUUGAUGAUAUCAAACACUCCAUAGACCUAAACAAAAGCAGCGCUCAAAGAGAGAUCGAGGACAGCAUGCAGGUGUUUUCCAAUCUGAUCCGAGCAGUUCAGAAGGCUCAGGCUGAGCUGGUGAUGGACAUCGAGGAGAAACAGAGGAAGACGGAGAGCUGGGCCAAUGGACAAAUAGAAGAAAUGCAGCGGGAGAUUGAUGUGUUGAAAAUGAGAAACACAGAGUUAGAGUAUCUCUCACAUACUGAAGAUCACAUCCACUUCCUGCAGAACUUUACAUCGUUAAUGUCUCAUCCACCCACUAAGGACUGGUCUGAGACCUGUGUGCAUGCAGAUCAGUGUGUGGGCACCAUCAGAAGAUCUGUCCUCAAACUGGAGGAGACACUAACUGAAGAAGUAGAAAAACUGGUAGAAAUGGAGCUAAGGAGGGUUCAAAAAUACUCAGUGGACAUAACUUUUGACCCGGACACAGCAAACCCCUGGCUGCAGCUAUCUGAGGACGGGCGUCAGUUACGUCACCUGGGGGCGUGGCAGGACCUGCCCGACACACCCGAGCGAUUUGAUACGGUGGUUAUCUCACUUGGGCGUGAGGGGUUCUCUUCCGGCCGCCGAUACUGGGAGGUGGUGGUGGGCGAGAAGGAUGACUGGUACCUGGGCGUGGCCCGUGCUUCCGUCAACAGAAAGGGGCGUAUUUCAGUGAGCACAGCUCACGGUUACUGGGCUCUAGCGAUGAAGAAAGGCCAGGAGUAUCGGGUGUCUACCUCUCCACCCCUCCUGCUCUCUGUCGAGCCCAAGCUGAAGAGGGUAGGUGUGUUCGUAGAUUACGAAGAAGGACGGGUGUCAUUCUAUGAUGUCCAAAGCAGAAGUCACAUCUACACAUUUAUGGACUCGUUUAAAGAUAAGCUCUUCCCAUUUUUCUACCUUUACUGCUGUGAUAAAGCCUCUGACACCAUGAUGAUCUGUCCCGUACAGGAGCAAUCUCAUGUAAAACAGUGUUGAAUCGUGAGUUACUGUACACAAUGACACGCGCCCUGUGACUUCAUUCAUUUCAGAUACUGCUUACAGUUUAUCUCUAUGCCCUUGUCGUGCUCUACAAUGAUACGACUUCCUGUUAAAUCCUGUUAAAAGUUGGAGUUUUCUGUUUUGUGUGUGUGUGUGUGUGUGUUUUCCCCAAUAUGUUAUACAGAUAUUUCUACAAAUAAUUUUAUACAUUUUAGUGCAUGGCUAAAAAAGAGCCUUUAUGACAAACAGCCUAAGCAAACAAAGCAAAUUUGUGCUGUACAUUCAGCUGGUCAUUAUCAUACGAAGCGGACUGUACAUUAUCCUGCUUAUUACAAUUCCACGUACAAAUAAUGGUAGAUGCUGUUUGCACCCCUAAUUGAAUACUAACAGUAUAGGGGCAUCCCUGCAGUGUGUUAAUUGUGUUUAUUAAGAGUCCCGAAGACACACUACACCAACCCCUACCUCUAAACCUACUGUAACCCUUACAUUACCUUACAAAAAUUACCCAUGGUUAUACUACAGUAACUAUAGUUUCACCAUGGUAUUUUGUAGUAAAAUCAUAGUAACCACAAAAUUAAACAUGGCUACUAUAUAAACACCAUAUUACUGUAGCAACACUGUUGUUAAUUGCAUCAGAUCUAUGGUUUCCUUCUAAAAACUUAGUUGCUACAAUAUUACUAUAGUAAAACUACCUUUAUAUUCAUUAAUAUUAUGAGUAGUAUUAAAUAAAUUAUUAAGAGAGGAGACAGGAAACAGAAAGGGAAAAAUUAAGCGACAAACGCGUAAUCGAACACGGGUGGAAAAGGCACAGUCUCACUGUCAUUAAUCCCCACGCCACUGAAGCGACACUCACAAUGCCAUUUGUUGUAAGUUUAGAUUUCCAAUAGACUAUUGGGGUGCAAAUAGCUACUCUGAAAAAAGAAAGUGUAAUGUGUUACGAGCAGUAUUGGGUAAGUUACUCAAAAAGUAAUCCACUACAAAUGACUAUUUACUUCUCGACAUUUGUAAUCUGUAAUCACAUUACUAAUCACUUUACUUUUAAAUUACAAUCUAAAACACUUUUCAGAGAAAAGUUUUGUUUUUCUGCUCAAGUUCAAAAUAAUGUCUUUAUUUCGCUCCCUGAAGCCGUCACAGAAAUGUAAACAGACGUACAGUAUAUAUGAACAUAAUAUUUGAAAUGUAUUAUACUGUACAUAAAUAAUAUUAAUUUAGAACUAUUAGUUAAAUCUGAUGUAAUUUCUGCGCCACUAGCGCCACCAAAUGGAUUUGCAAAAAUAAACCUUUUUAAAACAGCUUUCUGAAUACGCCCCCCAUCUGCCAUUGGUCAAACAAAGAGAUAGUCUCUAACUCACGCCAUUGGUUGAGUAAUGGGUUUAGGCGGGUCUAAACAGGUCACUCAAAACAAACAGAGCCAUUUUUAUAGCGCCACAGAAACACAGUGCUUACAGUUUUCCAGAAAAUUAACAGUUAAUAGUCUUAUGUUACUUGUGUCUGCAUAUUAAGCUGGGAUAGAAGAAAGUAUUUUAAUACAAAAAAAGAUACAGACUUCAGCGUUAACCUAAAGUAAACUUAAAAGUAAUUCGCUUAAAGUUAGUAACUGUUAUCUGAUUACAAGAAUUUAAAAAGUAAUGCAUUACACUACUUUUUGAGUAAAAAGUAAUUAUAUUACAGUAAUUACUCUGUAAUCAGGGUACACAAAACACUGGUAAUGAGAGACAUGAAAAUAGCACAGCUAUGUAGAAAAUCGAUUGCCUGGGACAGUUACUGAACUCAAUUACUAAAAUGACUAUUUGACCGCAAAAUACAAUGACUAAUCAGAAUCAAGUAUUACAGAAAGCCAUGUGAUAAAUUUGUAUAAUGAACAUUUAUCCAUUUGUGUAGGUGUAUAUCCUUAAAGGUCUAAAUAAAUAUG